GAGAGGGACUGUUCUUGGGUAUUUGCAGAAGAAAUGGAGAGCGGCCUCGGAUAUGCAGGAGCUCAGCCCAACCAUCUUCUUUCUCCUUCACCCAACGUCACGAGGCUCCUCUCCCCUACCUCCUUCACGGGCAGAAAACGUUUACCGUCCUCCUCAUCUUUAAAGAAUAAGCUCCGUUUCAGCUCCUCUCAUCUCCAAUUGGCCUCUGCCACGCGGCGUGAAGCAACGUCAUUGUCUGCUCCUGGCAGUGAAACAUUGGAGUUGGCUGAUAUAAGUUGGGAUGACCUUGGAUUUGGUCUUGUGCCGACCGAUUAUAUGUAUGUCACAAAAUGCCUCAAAGGUGGUGACUUUCCUGAUGGUGAAUUAGUGCGUUUUGGGAACAUCGAAUUGAGCCCAUCAGCUGGAGUUUUAAAUUAUGGCCAGGGAUUAUUAGAAGGUUUGAAAGCAUACAGGAAACAAGAUGGUUCUAUUGUACUUUUUCGUCCCAAGGAGAAUGCAUUGCGGAUGAGGGUGGGUGCAGAGAGGAUGUGUAUGACAUCCCCAACUGUUGAACAGUUUGUGGAAGCCGUUAAGCUCACCGUGUUGGCAAAUAAGCGUUGGGUUCCUCCUCCGGGUAAAGGCUCCCUAUAUAUCAGGCCACUGCUUAUGGGGAGUGGAUCUGUUCUUGGUGUGGCACCUGCCCCUGAAUACACUUUUCUGAUUUACGUUUCUCCUGUUGGGAACUACUUCAAGGAGGGUCUAGCACCAAUUCAUUUGAUUGUUGAGAAUGAAUUCCAUCGUGCAACUCCUGGUGGAACUGGAGGUGUAAAGACCAUAGGAAACUAUGCAGCGGUUUUAAAGGCGCAAAGUGGAGCAAAAGCCAAAGGAUACUCCGAUGUCCUGUACCUUGAUUCUGUCCACAAAAGAUAUUUGGAGGAGGUUUCCUCUUGUAAUGUUUUUGUCGUGAAGGAUUCAGUUAUUUCCACUCCGGCAAUAAAAGGAACAAUCUUGCCUGGCAUUACACGGAAGAGUAUAAUUGAUGUUGCCCGAAGCCAAGGAUUCCAGGUUGAGGAACGCCUUGUCUCAGUAGAGGAGUUGCUUGAUGCUGAUGAAGUUUUCUGCACGGGAACAGCUGUGGUUAUAUCACCUGUGGGAAGCAUAACAUACCUUGGUAAAAGGGUGUCCUACGGAGAUAGUAAAGUCGGUGUUGUGUCACAGCAACUCUACACCACACUCACAAGUAUGCAGAUGGGUCUUUCAGAGGACAAAUUGGGUUGGACUGUUGUGUUGAAGUAGCCAUUUGAUUUGUUAGUAUUCUACAUGGGUAAGACCCUCACUGUUACCAUGGGGUGUGAACAAUGUUCUGUAUGCAUUUUUUUCUUGACAAUCUGGGAAUCAGGUCAAUAUU